UUCCAAGCAUUUGUGCGGACAGGAGAGAAUCGUCUCUGUGAAAGCAAACAAACCCUACACAAAACAACGACGCGUCUUCAACGCCACAUUCUUUUUUUUCUUCUUCUUCCCUUCUUCUUCCCCUUGCAAUUGUGUUCCUCGUCGCAAUGGCUCUCUCAAAUCUCUCCUCCUGCUGCCUCUUCACCCCCAGCCCCUCCACCCGCACCAAAACCAUCACCAGCCAAAACCUCCCCUCGAGCUCCACUUUGAGAAGCAGCACGUUCAGCGCGAGAAGACCAACAAGACCGAGCGGGAGGAGCUCAGUAGGGUGCAGAGCCUCAGUUGUUGAGGACACCAGCAAAGAGGUGCUGCUCCCCCCGGAGACUGAAGAGGAGCAGGCUGCAGGAGGAGAAUAUGACUGGAGAGAAGAGUGGUACCCUCUCUACCUCACCGCCGAAGUCCCCGAGGAUGCCCCUCUCGGCCUCACCGUCUUCCACAAGCAGAUUGUUCUCUAUCGCGACGGCCAAGGCCAACUCAGAUGCUACGAGGACCGGUGCCCACACAGACUAGCAAAACUAUCCGAAGGCCAAAUUAUGGAUGGCAAGCUAGAAUGCCUGUACCACGGCUGGCAAUUCGAAGGCAGUGGCCAAUGCGUCAAAAUACCUCAGCUACCAGAGGGAGCAAAAAUACCGAGAGCAGCUUGCCUUAAGACAUACGAGGUACGAGACUCUCAAGGAGUAGUAUGGGUCUGGAUGUCCGAAAAAAUUCCACCGAACGAAAACAAGCUUCCGUUCUUUGAACACUAUGCUCGUCCGGGAUUUCAAGAUGUAUCGACAAUACACGAACUUCCAUAUGAUCACUCGAUAUUACUAGAAAACUUGAUGGACCCCGCUCAUGUUCCAAUCUCCCAUGAUCGAACUGAUUGGACAGCUAAGCGCGAGGAUGCUCAGCCAUUAGUCAUGACAGUAACGGAGAGAAGCGAUAGAGGGUUUGCUGGUCAGUGGGGAAGAUCAAGGAACUCGAAGCUUAUGAAUAAUCUUAGAUUUGAAGCUCCCUGUAAUUUGCAGAAUAAUUUAGAGUUUGUCGAUAAGAAGGGAGUGAAGCAAUAUUUUUCUGCAUUGUUUUUGUGUCGGCCAGCUGGGCAAGGAAAAUCUAUGCUUAUUGUUAGGUUUGGAGCCAGCACGAGAUCUUUUCUUGCAAAUUUGCUGCCUAGAUGGUACUUCCAUCAGAAUGCUGGCAAGGUUUUUGAGCAGGAUAUGGGAUUUUUAUCAUCACAGAAUGAAGUGUUGAUGAAGGAGAAAGUUCCGACUAAAGAGUUGUAUCUUAAUUUGAAGUCUUCUGAUACUUGGGUUGCUGAGUAUAGGAAGUGGAUGGAUAAAGUCGGGCAUGGGAUGCCUUAUUAUUUUGGGCAUAAAACAAUUUCGUUGCCGAAGGAACCAGCUGUAGUUGAGCAAAAUCCUGCUGGAUUGGCUGCUGGGAUUUCUGCUUCUUUUCCAGCGAAAGGGGGGAUUGGAACUCACCAUGCUCCGAAUCCUGUGAAUAGAUAUUUUAGACAUGUGGUUCACUGUAAAGGAUGUAGGAAAGUGGUUAAGACUUUUGAAGCAUGGAAGAAAGCGUUGUUGUUUGUGGCUAUGGCUUCUGUUGCAUCGGCGAUUCUAGCUUCAACAAGACAAUGGAAGGUUGUUUUCAUGGCAGCGGCAAUACUGUUAGGGGCUGCUUCAUAUGUUUGUUCUGGUGCAGUUUCCCUCAUCACAACAAACUUUGUGAGAAUACACAGAAGAUUGUGAGUAUAGAAAAGAAUAUUCAAGUUUACCCUGUGUAUUUUUGUGUUAGAAAAAAAUGAUAUAAACAAGUAAUUCUUUUCUUGCUUUU